GGGGAAGCAGAAUCAGAGCUUAGAUGAGAGGAUAUAAACUUUGGCCCUUUUCCCAGAAGGAGCAUCAGAUAACUAGCGCACUCCUCAAUUAUACAUAACAGAGGUGAACAAUUCACAGUUUAGUUUUUUUCAGAUAUCUCAAAAGAUGAUCCCAAACAAAAUUCAGGUCUUUCCCUCUAGCGAUACCAUUUUGAAGUGUCAGAAAACUUUCAACAAUCAAAUACCAAAGCAUGAUACUAAGCUUUAUUUUUUUCUUUUGUUUUAAAAAGUAUGCACAGAUCAUAAAAGAGAGAAUGAGAAGUUCAAGCCAUGAAGUUCACGGUACGGAACCAAUGGAUAAUGAAUCGUUUGCAGAGUUUGGGAAAAGUGAAAUAUUUACAUUGAAGACUAGCAUGGCAAAAAUAAGAUAUGCCAAUACAUAUAAAAUGGAGCCAUAUAGGAAAUUCCAGGCUCAUUUAGUAAGAAACAAAGCUCAACAUAUACUAACGCAGCGACUUCAAGAAACCAAGUAUAAUGGUGUGACUAGUAUCUUCUUGUGUAAUUCAAUCUCAGAAGAAAUAUUAACAGCUGUCAAGGACAUGGGCUUUGAUCGCUAUAAGUACGUAGUAACAGUCCUAAUCUUGCAAAAGUCUGGUCAGGCAAUAAAAAUCUCCAGCAGAUGGGUCUGGGAUGUUGCAAGGGACAACUGGGUUUCAGCUAAAUGUGAAACAGAAUCCUUCAUUUCAUUGGCUUUGAUAACGGCUUGUUACUAUGAGUAGUUUUAUAAAAGCAGCCUCUGUUAACGGCCAUCGCAAUACUCUGUAUAAUUGUUCAAAAAUCUUCAUAAAGUUAUAGUUAUUUUAGAACACUUUCUUUUUUAAGUUAAAAACAGCUGAUACAUUGAAAUGCACAUAAAUUUAAACCAAUUUUACCAAUUAUUUUCUCUAUAUAUUUUUAAAUAUGUAUGGGUGAGUGUGUACUGUAUACAUCUGUCAUAACGCUGUAUUUAUGACAGGUGCUAAGAACACAAUUUGCAAGGUGCUGCAUGUGGCUUUGGGCAUUCUAAAGGAUGGGGUUCCAACAAAUUACAAGUGACAAUUCCUUUCAUAAAAGGGGAAUAUUCUGCACCUUGAGGUGACUCUGAAACAGAAAAGUAACAUUGUAUUUACUCUCAGUUGUUGUCAUAUUCAUCAAAUUCCACAGCAAUAAUCUCUUCAGAGAUCUAGUAAUAAGGGAAGCCACUGUAAUGUGGCUUAUUUUUAAAAGCUUUUCUUAGAUUAAAUACAUUUUCCCCACUGUAACCAGCUGUUUUUUCUUAUGCCUAUUAAACUCUCAUUUUUGUAUUUUGAAGUUUGGGACAUUUCAUUUAAGGUCUCAGUUCUGCUCCUGUUGAAGUCAGUGGGAGUGUUGUCACUGACUUCACUGAUACCAGGAUGGACCCCAAAUUACAAACUGUCAACUGUUUUAUAAUCCUUAGUCUAGAGGCUGAUAUAUUGUAUUUACUGGAUUCAGUUACUUUUUUUUCAUUUUAUCAGACUGAUUCCUAAUGACAACAAAGCCAGAAGAGCUGUAAAAUCCAUUCAGUGACAACCUGAAAUCUUAGGAGAUAGAUAUGUAAUUGACAGUUAAUGACAACAGUACAUGUGUGUGUGUGUCUGUGUGUGUGUGUGUGUGUGUGUAUAUAUAUAUAUAUAUAUGGCUAAGACAAAAUUUGCCAAGUAUUUAUAAAGAAUGUUAGAACUGCUGCUAUAUUAACCUAACAAUGACUCAAA